ACUGACUCCCGCACCAGCAGCACCACCACAGCCACCUUCUCCUUCUCUCCUGUCCUCUCCUGUCCUCGACCUCUGUCGACCAGCAGGUGAUCCUUGAGCCAGGAUGGCUGAGCCCCGCCAGGAGUUCAACGUGAUGGAAGACCAUGCUGAGACAUAUGAGUUGGGAGAGAGGAAAGACCUCCCCUCUCAGGAAGGCUACGCUCUGCUGCAAGACCACGAGGGGGAUGCCGACCGUGGCCUGAAAGAAUCUCCCCUGCAGACCCCUGCCGAUGAUGGAUCCGAGGAAGCAGGCUCUGAAGCCUCUGCUAAGAGCACUCCGACAGCCGAAGACGUGACAGCGCCCCUAGUGGAUGAGACAGCACCCGGCGAGCAGCCUCACACGGAGAUACCAGAAGGAACCACAGCUGAAGAAGCAGGCAUUGGAGACACCCCCAAUUUGGAGGACCAAGCUGCGGGACAUGUGACUCAAGAUCUCCCCAUGGAGCCCAAGAGUGUCAAAGUUGUCCAAGAAGGUGUCCUCGGUGAGCCAGGGCACCAUGGAGGCCAGGCCACCCACCCAGGGACCCUGGGUCUGGCCCAGCAGCUUGCUUCCAACAUCCCUGGGGCUUCUAUCCUGCCUGAAGGUCCCAGAGGGGCCCACCAGCCAGGGACAGAGCCUGAGGACACAGAAGGAAGCCACCGUGGCUCCGAGCUGCUGAAGUGCCAGCUUUUGGAAGACCUGCCCCAGGGCAAAGAGAAGCUGGGGAGUGAGAAGGAGGUCGAUGAAGACCGUAACAUUGAUGAGUCCUCGCCUCAGGACUCCCCUCCUUCCCAGAUAUCCCCACAUCCACAGAUCUCCCAAACCCCAGCCGGGCCACUCCCCCAGACAGUUUCCAGAGAUGCUACCGGCAUUCCCGGUCUCCCAGCUGAGGGUGCCAUCCCCCACCCUGUCGGUUUCCUCCCCAAAGUUUCCACAGAGACCCAGGUCUCAGAGCCCGAUGUGCCCAGCGCGGGGUCGGCAGGGGAGGUGGCAGAGGGACACGAGGCUCCGGCCGAGUUCAUGUUCCAAGUGGAAAUCAAAGCCAACAUGCAGAAGGAACGGGAAUGUUCACAGUUGGAUUUGGAAGAGACCGCACUUCCGGGGAGCCCUGGAGAGGAGCAGGAGGCCCGGGGCCCCUCUGUGAGGGAAGACACCCAAGAAGCCGACCUUCCGGAACGUUCUAAAAAGCAGCCUGCAGCUGGUCUGUCGGGAAGGCCUGUCAGCCGAGUACCUCAACUCAAAGCUCGCAUGGUCAGUAAAAGCAAGGAUGGGACUGGAAGUGAUGACAAAAGAGCAAAGACAUCCACACCUUCCUCUGCUAGAACCCUGAAAAAUAGGCCUUGCCUUAGCCUUAAACGCCCCACUCCUGGUAGCUCAGACCCUUUGAUCAAACCCUCCAGCCCUGCCGUGUGCCCAGAGCCAUCUUCCUCUCCUAAACACGUCUCAUCUGUCACACCCCGAACUGGCAGUUCUGGAGCAAAGGAGACGAAACUCAAGGGGGCAGAUAAAACUGGAACGAAGAUCUCCACACCCCGGGGAGCUGCCCCUCCGGGCCAGAAAGGCGCAGCCAAUGCCACCAGGAUUCCUGCGAAAACCACGUCUACCCCAAAGACACCACCCAGCACUGGUGACUCUGGAAAGUCUGGGGACCGCAGUGGCUACAGCAGCCCCGGCUCCCCAGGGACUCCUGGCAGCCGCUCCCGCACCCCGUCCCUGCCAACCCCACCCGCUCGGGAGCCCAAGAAGGUGGCAGUGGUCCGCACCCCACCCAAGUCACCCUCCUCGGCCAAGAGCCGCCUACAGACGGCGCCUGUGCCCAUGCCAGACCUGAAGAACGUCAAGUCCAAGAUUGGCUCCACUGAAAACCUGAAACACCAGCCAGGCGGUGGGAAGGUGCAGAUAAUUAAUAAGAAGCUGGAUCUUAGCAACGUCCAGUCCAAGUGUGGCUCAAAGGAUAAUAUCAAACACGUCCCAGGAGGCGGCAGUGUGCAAAUAGUCUACAAACCAGUCGACCUGAGCAAGGUGACCUCCAAGUGUGGCUCCUUAGGCAACAUCCAUCAUAAACCAGGAGGUGGCCAGGUGGAAGUAAAAUCUGAGAAGCUGGACUUCAAGGACAGAGUCCAGUCCAAGAUCGGUUCCCUGGAUAAUAUCACCCAUGUUCCUGGUGGAGGGAAUAAAAAGAUUGAAACCCACAAGCUGACCUUCCGUGAGAACGCCAAAGCCAAGACAGACCACGGGGCAGAAAUCGUGUACAAGUCGCCGGUGGUGUCCGGGGACACGUCUCCACGGCACCUCAGCAACGUCUCCUCCACUGGCAGCAUCAACAUGGUAGACUCGCCCCAGCUCUCCACACUAGCCGAGGAAGUGUCUGCUUCCCUGGCCAAGCAGGGUUUGUGAUCAGGCCCUGGGGCGGUCCAUAAUCGUGGACAGAAGAGAAAGUGAGAGAGUGUGGGAAAAAAAAGAAUAACGAUUUGGCCCUUCGCCCUCUGCCCCCACCCCCCAGCUGCUCCUCACAGAUUGGUUGAUCGGUUGGUUACUCACUUGACCUGCUUUUGUUGCUCGGCUUUGGCUCGGGACUUCAAAACCAGUGAUGGGGGAUAAAAGCAAAUUUCAUCUUUCCAAAUUGACAGGUGGGCUAACAACCAUAAAAUAUUAAAAAUAUAUACAUAUUGAAAAAGAUGGCCACACCCAACAAACAUUUCCUUGGACAAUUCCUUUUGAUUCUUUUUUUUUUCCCCUCUGAGUAGAAGAGGGAGAGGCUCUGAGCGCUGCUGCUGCUCAGAAUUUCAAGGGACUGGGGGCGCUGGCUUCCUCUAGCCCCCUCCCAGGGGCUUCUCAGGGGCAGUGCAGCAACAAAGGACUGGAAACUUGGUGCAUCUGUGGAGCCACAGGCAGAUAAUGUCAACCUUGUGUGAGAGCAGGAUGGGGUAGGGGGUAGGGAAGAGAGGCAGGGAGAGGCUGAGGCAGGGGGUGGGCAGGGGGAGAGAGAGGGUGAGGGGAAAGUGGGGGAGGGAGAUGGGAGACAGAGGAGGGAGUCGGUGUGCAGAGACAGGAAGGGCCAACAGCCCUCGCACAGGCCUCAGAGGUCAUCCUGGCUGGGCUGGGGUCUGCUGCAGCCGGUGUGCACCCCCCGCUCCCCGUGGGAGGCUAGUGGGAGAAGAGUUCCAGGCCCUCCCAUACUGUGGAGGGACGGUGGGGGUAAGAGAAGGAAGGUUGACAGCAGGGUGGCCGACCUUGAUGUCCUGUGAGCUCCUGGCCUCUUCCUCCCUCCCUGCAGGGUGGGGGUCCUGAGCGGAGGAGCUUCCCUCAGCCCCACGGAGCCCUGCUGAGUUCUGAAGAAGGUUGGAAUUGCAGCAACGAUCUUGGCCACCUCACAGAUCCGGGACUUUAGGGCUAACCAGUUCUCUUUGUAAGGACUUGUGCCUCUCGGGGGACAUCCGCCUGUUCCCACGCCUAGGGCUCCAGCAUCUCUGGAGUGUGUGUGGAGGGGAGUGGGAGGUGGGGUCCUGAGCCUCCUGCCCCUCCCACAGCCACUGCAGCCACCUGUCUGCCCCACUGUGCCCAUGUGUCUACUAUGCAGAGCCCAGUCACUGACUGUACCCCUCAUUAUGUCACCUGUUUCCAAGUUCCCAGCCUCACCGACCCUUUCUCAGUAAUGGAUGCUGGUUGGAUGUGGGAGGCAGCUACUCUGAACUAAGCGGUGAAACCAAGGAAAAUCUAGGCACAAGGGUUGGACCUCAGUCUAAGUUCCUCUCACUCAACUGGUGUCUCUCACACCGAAUGCGAUGACCUUAUUCCAGGCUCUGCCUUCACCUCUGGUCACAGAAACGGCACGACAGCAGUGUGAAUCAGAAAGGGGCUCAGCAAUGACCCGGACAUUUCUGCCCUGCGACUUGGAGAGAACUUUCUCUUCCUGUGUUGAGUUGACAGCGGGAGAGGCUGGGUGUCAUGGUUGCCAGAGAUGGCACUUGGGAUGGGCAGGCAAGACCCCCAGGGCCAGACCACACUCCCUCGGUCCCCACUUCUGCCCCUGCCUGUGUCUUUGAGCCUCUUGCCAGCCAGCCUCCCAGAGGGCCCAGCCAUUGCUCAAUCCCAUAUAAUCAGCCCUCCACACCCCAAAAAGGGGAACACGCUCCCCUCCCCCUGUCGGAAAUGUUUCUGGCCCCAGCCCCCAAUGGAAGCAAUGCCGUCUGUCCUGCUGGAGCAGCUGAACAUAUACAUAGAUGUUUCCCUCCCCUCCCCAUCUGCACCCUGUUGCGUUGUAGUUGGAUUUGUCUGUUUAUGCUUGGAUUCAAGAGUGACUAUAAUAGUGAAAAAACAAAUAAGACAUAUGUAUCUUGAAACACUUGUAGUGAGGUUUCUAACCCACUUCCAUGGGGGUCCUAAAUAUCUCUCACCGCCCCCUCCCCCCAUGCUGGCACUCAGCUCCAGGAGGCCAAUGUGGCUCUACCCUUUUGGGGCAUCCAUUUUUCAAAGGUUUUCAUCACCAUCUGGGACCUCACCAGAUUCUGACAUCUGAGGAGAACCCUCGGCAGCAAAGAAGGUCUGGAGCAGGACAAGGACAGAAGCUAUGGUACCCACCUCCUUCCCUGCCUCCCCAGGGCUUCCCUUUAUUGAGGCAGAGCCAGUUUUUCCUAGGAGCAAUGUGCGCUGUGACUGUCCUGGCUGGCAGCGUGAAGAUGGUCCUCUCUGGUCACAGCCUGGAGAAGCCCCACAUCAGCACUCAUGAGGGUCUUCCAACUCCUUGCGUCAUGUGAGAAGUGAAACCAGUGCCAGCCAGGGAGAGGCCUGCAGCCCCAGGAGCCUCUAGGCAGCCCACCCCUCAGCCUGGGGUCACUUGCCAAGCUCUCCUCAGAGGGGAUAUGGCUUCUCCUACCAAGGGGCGCACAGCCACAGGAGGGAUUGGAAUGGCAGGGCCUAGGGGCCUGAGCUGCCUGACAGGAAGGGCGCCAAGUCAGGAGACACCUUCCCACAGUCUUGGCCAGAGCACUAUCAGCCCGCAGACCUUAUGCAGGCCCCAUGUGCUGUUCUGGGGGAAGGGAAGCAUCUUUGCAAAAAUCGGCUGUUUAAAGUCAGCGGCCUCAGGCCCAGUUCUGCCACUUCCGGUUUUGGUGUAGUUAAAGGUAACCCUGGGGGGCUGGGUGGUAGGAGUCCAGGGCUGCUUUUCCCAGGGCUGGAGCUUCAUUUGCAGAGAAAGCUUUCCUUGCAAGAAAUCGCUUGGGCCUAGAACUUUGAAGCCUGUGAUUCCCAAGUCUUCAGUCCCAGCUGCUCUCAGAAGUGCAGGGUUGUGAAAAAGGGGAAAGAAACGUAAAGACUUGGUAGCUGUUAAAGACGUGGCCCCAUCAUUGCUGCCACUGAUUUCAUUUGCGUUUCUUCUCACACCUCUUGCUUCCUCGUCCUGCAGUACCUGUGCCUGCUCUUAAGCAGCUGGGCCUUACUCAGUGGGCUCUGGACUCUCCGUUGUGAGGGCUGGGCUGUUGGGAGCCAGCCUAAAGAUCAUGGUUUUGGGUUCUCAGGUCUGUGUGGCAGGUGGGUUGUAAAGGGAUGCUGGCCUGAACUUAAAUGAGGACAAUCUCCCCAGGGCUGGGUGCCCAUGCCCAUUUUCUCCACCUUCAAUGUCCCUUGGGUGGGCUAGAAUAUACACCUGGUUCCUUCAAGCUCUCCAUUCACUUUAUCAGUAGUUCCAUUUAAAUCGACUUCAAUGGUGCGACUCUGUAUCCUGUUUUUGAUUGCUUGUUGUGCUGGGGGGGAGGGGGAAGAAGCUGUAAGAUAUUUAACUCGGGCAGAGGGAGGUCUUGGAACGCAGCAGUGAACUGCCUUGUAACCCUUUUCUUCACAAUUUCAACCACGUUUGUUAGCGAGGGAGAUGCCAUGGGGCUACAGGUCCUUGGGGUUUUGCCUUUCCGCUGACAGGCUUUCCCAGGUGCAGCAUGCGGCCACCUAGUUGCCAUCCCCUUCCUGGCCAGGUGCAGGCAGUGAGGACUACAGGAUUCUGUAGAUUUUGGUCCCCUGCUUGCUGCCCCCCGCAACCACCAUGGAGUCCUAAGCCCACAAUCCCACCUCCCAGAGAGCCUAAUAUCCUUUUCUCUGGGCUAUUGGCACCUCAGUGUCUCACCUUUCCCACCAGCUCCAGGCCCGCUGCUGAGAUUUCUUCUUUCACCCUCCUUUAUCUUUGUUCCCCAAGUAAAACCAAGAAGUUGGGAUGAGCAAGGUGGAGAUCAUCAGUUUGCCCAUCUAUAGAUCUGUGGCUUCAUGACAUUUCUGACUUCUCUUCAGCUUGAAAAAAAGGGUUACUUUAACACUGGGCACUGGCCCAGGAAAGUCUCACCUCCUAACAGACUUGGCCCCGUGAACUUGCAGUGCCGGGCAGGCCAGUUUCUGGCACUUGCGAGUCCCAUGAUU